ACGCCGGGCCCGGGGACGCGGAGACCGGGAAGUCGUGGGUUUCGCCGCCGACGGACGGCCGUGAGCCGGAUCGCGGGCCGAGCUCGGAGCUGGUGCGGUCAUGGCCGACUACUGGAAGUCACAGCCAAAGAAAUUCUGUGAUUACUGCAAGUGCUGGAUAGCAGACAAUAGGCCUAGUGUUGAGUUUCAUGAAAGAGGAAAGAAUCACAAGGAAAAUGUGGCCAAGAGGAUCAGUGAGAUUAAGCAGAAAAGCUUGGAUAAGGCAAAGGAAGAAGAAAAGGCCUCCAAGGAGUUUGCUGCCAUGGAGGCAGCUGCCCUGAAGGCAUACCAAGAGGAUCUGAAAAGGCUUGGCUUAAAGUCAGACAUUUCAGAGCCGAGUCUGUCACCAGUGGGGAGCACUGUGCAGCCCACCUCCACAUCCAAUCAGCAGAAAGAGAAGAGAACAAAGAAGAAAAAGAAAGAAGCACCGAAGGGCAGAUGGGUGGAAGGCGCCACGGCUGACGGCCACUCUUACUAUUACGAUCUGAUCACAGGAGCAUCUCAGUGGGAGAAACCAGAAGGAUUUCAAGGGAGCUUAAAAAAGACAUCAGCAAAGGCCAUUUGGGUAGAAGGUUUAAGUGAAGACGGUUAUACCUAUUAUUAUAAUACAGAAACAGGAGAAUCCAAAUGGGAAAAGCCUGAUGAUUUCAUUCCACACACUGGUGAUGUGCUUUCUAGUAAGGACAAUGAAAAGUUACCUGACACCUUAGAAGAAUCCAAAUCAUCAGAUUCUCACAGUGAUUCUGAUGGCGAGCAGAAGAAAGCAGAAGAGGCCCCUGUAGAAACAAAGAAGCUAGUAAUCAAGUUUAAGGAAAAAAAUAAAAGUACUGAAAAAAGAACUGACCCAGAAAUACAAAAAGAAAAGAGUACCCCAAAACAGAAUUCAUCAAAUACAAAUGAAGAAAAACCCAAAACACUUAAGAAAUCGACAAACCCUUAUGGGGAAUGGCAAGAGAUUAAACAGGAGGCAGCAGCGCAGGAAGAGGUCGAUUUGGAACUUCCAAGCACUGAAAGUGAAUGUCUAUCAGAAGCUAGUGCUGGAGAAAUCAAAGUGGUAUUUAAAGAAAAAACAGUCUCCUCUCUGGGAGUUGCAGCAGAUGGAGUGGCCCCUGUCUUUAAGAAGAGAAGACUUGAGAAUGGAAAGUCUCGGAAUUUAAGACAGCGAGGUGAUGAUGAGUAACUGUGAAAAGCCUUGGGCACAGGCAACGUGCCCUUUCCGAGCUUCCCUGUGUGUUCCAGUACGGUAGUGCUGCAGUUCACAUUUAUGCUGAUUGUAUUUUAUGUGAAUUAAAAUAAAUCUUUUUUCAUGUGAAAUUUAUUUUUGUUCCUUAAAUGGAAGCCUACAACAUUGCAUUGUAAUACAGUGUAUUAUGUUCAAUGUCUAAAAUUGCUAAUUAUAUGAUAAUUUAAGAUGCUAUGUAUCUGUUAUUUAAAACAUGGGGAAGACCCUUGCUCUGUUCUUACUCAUAAACGUCUAUUUAUUCUGCA